GUACACCUUCGGACAGCCGGUGCGAGGCAACGUCACUAUCGAGGUUUCAAAUAGUUUAAGGAAUCAAUGCCAGACUAAGCUUGUGAAAACCAAAGACAUCGCCGGCUGCACUGCCUUCCAGUUCACAACGGAAGAAUUGCGUGUCAUUGACUGCUCUGUGAGAGUCGUGGCUGUCGAGGUAGUUGUGGAGGAGGAAGGAACAGGUGUCAGGCAGACCGACGGAGCAAACAUCUGGAUCGAGAUGCAGCUGUAUUCGUUCAAGAUUGUAUAUAAAGACAAAUACAAGAAACCCAAUUUGCCAUAUACGCUGAAGGCAAGGCUGACUUUCUUCAAUGGCACUGCGGCUGAACGGGUGCCAGUGGAAGUGUGCGCAGCGGGGAAGUGUGCCACAAUGUUUACCCAAGAGGAUGGCAUCAUUGCAACUGUUGUCUGGGCGAAUUAUGUCGAGAGCAUUAAGAUAUCAACCUUAGAUCACGUGUUGACAUCCGACAGACCUCCCUCAAUCGGUACAUCAUCCCCGUUCUAUUCGCCUUCGAACUCCUCGUUGGUCAUACAAGCGCCUGGAGGUCGGGUGAAGUGCGUGCCAGGUCAAAAAACGAGACUAAAUCUCCCUGUGUUGUUCUCCUGCCAACAAUCGUCAAGGGCUGGUAUCCACGCUCAGAAAACUCAAGCCCCAAGGAACAUUUCUCCUUCAGAUCGUGUCUCGCGAAAAGAUCCAAUUCCUGGCCCAAAGAGGUGGAACUGGCGAGCGAGCGAGCUGCCCAUCGACCCGGACCACCUCAUCGACGGAUUCCCGCCCACUUACCCGUCGCCGCCCAUUGUCCGGGCGAAAUUCAGCCUGCAAGUCGUUCUCCCACCCACGGCGUCGCCCAAAGUCAAGCUCCUGAUUUGGGACACGCGGGACGACGGCGAGGUGGUGGCCGACUCGGUCCAGCUGGAUGUGGAGAGGUGCCUCGGAUUUAGUGCCCAAACCCCGCGUGGUCAGAGGCACGGGCCACCGGGGGAAGAGAUCGAAUUGUCGCUCGAGUCUGAAGCUCAUGCUGUCUGUUCCUUGGGAGUGGUGGACCGGAGCAGCGAACUGGCAGCGCAAGGCCUCCACUACCGACCGUCCGCGGAAACCCUUCUGCUGGCGAGCCUCCAACCCCGACGCGGCUGUAGCUGGUCUCCCCCGCAGGUCGACGACGAGAAGUACUGCGCCAGGAAGAUCUUCGAAGGCAGUGUCGGCGAGGAUCCUUCGCAUUCCUUCGGAGAGCAUAGCUACUCGAGUGAUUACGUAGAUAGUCUCAAGAUGUUUGACAAUUCUGGUCUUUUGGUGAUUAGUGACAUGACUCUGGAACUCGACCAUGCAAAAGAACGGACGGGCAAGGUCAGCGGAAGAUGA